CCUCAGUUACCGGGUUUUGUCACAAUAACUCCAGACAAACUGGAAUAUGCAUACGGAGAUACUGUCAGCUUUGGAUGCCACACGGGGUACACUCUGAAUGGUGAUAAGGUGAAAACUUGUCUACAAAGUGCAGACUUUGGACAAAAUCUACCUUCAUGUGCAGCUAUAAAGUGUCCAAAACCUCAUUUACCGGAUUUUGUCAUAAUAAGUCCAGACAAACCAGAAUAUGCAUACAGAGACAUUGUCAAGUUUAAAUGCCUUCCCGGGUUUACUCUUAGUGGUGGUAAUAUGAAAACGUGCCUACAAAGUACAGACUUGGUACAAAGUCUACCUUCUUGUGCAGCUAUAAGGUGUCCAAAACCUCAAUUACCGGGUUUUGUCACAAUAACUCCAGACAAACCAGAAUAUGCAUACGGAGAUACUGUCAACUUUGGAUGCCACGCGGGGUACACUCUGAAUGGUGAUAAGGUGAAAACUUGUCUACAAAGUGCAGUCUUUGGACAAAAUCUACCUUCAUGUGCAGCUAUAAAGUGUCCAAAACCUCAUUUACCGGAUUUUGUCAUAAUAAGUCCAGACAAACCAGAAUAUGCAUACAGAGACAUUGUCAAGUUUAAAUGCCUUCCCGGGUUUACUCUUAGUGGUGGUAAUAUGAAAAUGUGCCUACAAAGUACAGACUUGGUGCAAAGUCUACCUUCUUGUGCAGCUAUAAGGUGUCCAAAACCUCAAUUACCGGGUUUUGUCACAAUAACUCCAGACAAACCAGAAUAUGCAUACGGAGAUACUGUCAACUUUGGAUGCCACGCGGGGUACACUCUGAAUGGUGAUAAGGUGAAAACUUGUCUACAAAGUGCAGUCUUUGGACAAAAUCUACCUUCAUGUGCAGCUAUAAAGUGUCCAAAACCUCAUUUACCGGAUUUUGUCAUAAUAAGUCCAGACAAACCAGAAUAUGCAUACAGAGACAUUGUCAAGUUUAAAUGCCUUCCCGGGUUUACUCUUAGUGGUGGUAAUAUGAAAAUGUGCCUACAAAGUACAGACUUGGUGCAAAGUCUACCUUCUUGUGCAGCUAUAAGGUGUCCAAAACCUCAAUUACCGGGUUUUGUCACAAUAACUCCAGACAAACUAGAAUAUGCAUACGGAGAUACUGUCAGCUUUGGAUGCCACGCGGGGUACACUCUGAAUGGUGAUAAGGUGAAAACUUGUCUACAAAGUGCAGUCUUUGGACAAAAUCUACCUUCAUGUGCAGCUAUAAAGUGUCCAAAACCUCAUUUACCGGAUUUUGUCAUAAUAAGUCCAGACAAACCAGAAUAUGCAUACAGAGACAUUGUCAAGUUUAAAUGCCUUCCCGGGUUUACUCUUAGUGGUGGUAAUAUGAAAACGUGCCUACAAAGUACAGACUUGGUGCAAAGUCUACCUUCUUGUGCAGCUAUAAGGUGUCCAAAACCUCAAUUACCGGGUUUUGUCACAAUAACUCCAGACAAACUAGAAUAUGCAUACGGAGAUACUGUCAGCUUUGGAUGCCACGCGGGGUACACUCUGAAUGGUGAUAAGGUGAAAACUUGUCUACAAAGUGCAGUCUUUGGACAAAAUCUACCUUCAUGUGCAGCCAUAACAUGUGAUCGACCGACACUACAGUAUCCGCUUCAUAUAUCUGCAAAUUCAAACAGAAGUAGUUACAACUAUAACAAUUCCAUUGAAUUUACCUGUUCCCUUGGAUAUACCAUACAGAAUUCUUCAGUAAAAUAUUGCACACAUACUGACGCAUUUCAACGUAAUUUACCAAGCUGUAAAGAGGUAAAAUGUGGUCUUCCAACGUUUCAACAACAAAAGAAUCUACUUUUGAUCGAGCCUAAUAAAACACUUCACGACUUUAAUUCAACCGUACAUUUUACAUGCAAAGACGGUUUCAAUUUGAAUGGACCUCAGUCAGUCUCAUGUCAACAAAAUGGUUCAUUUGGACUCGUAGGGAAUAUGCCUUCCUGUAGUGAAUUACCACCAGAGGCAAAGCCGAUAACUGCAAUUAUAAGUGGUAGCGUAGGCGGUAUUUUGGUCUUUGCGGGGAUUGUUAUUGUCGUUAUCAUUGUAUUAAGAAAACGACCAGGAAAGAAAGCAGAAUCCAAGUACUAUGAAAACGGUGCCUUAUCUCUUGACAAUAUUGAUAAUCAGUAUUCAGAAGUUAACAUUAAUAGAUCAAAGAGAAAAAAAGCUCCUGAGACGCCAAAACAAGACGAAGCGUCAAACGAACAGACAGCUACCUAUUACAACCUGAACAAUACUGAUGUUAUUAAGGCUCAAAAAGCAAGACAAGAGGUCUACUACGAAUUUUCGCCCGUGUAUCGACCAUCCAAAACAGCAGUUCCUGUCUCCGAAUUCAAAUAUUUUGUUGAUUGCAAAAAAAGAAAUAAUGAAUUCUUUGCCGAACAAUUCAAGAAAUUUUAUACCGGCCUUCAAUUCCCUGCAACAGCUGCUGUGGCUCCAGGAAAUAGAGCGAAAAACAAGUACAAGAAUAUAUAUCCAUAUGAUGAAACUCGAGUUCUAUUAAAAAUAGAAAAAGACUACCCGGAGUCGGAUUUUAUCAAUGCGUCCAUCAUACAUGGUUUUGGUAGCGUGAAAUCAUACAUUGCAGCUCAAGGUCCAUUGAUUAACACCAUAGAUGACUUUUGGUGGAUGGUGUGGAAUGAGGAAUGUAGCAAAAUUGUCAUGCUUACAAAUCUCAUCGAAGAUGACAAAGUAAAAUGUAUUCAGUAUUGGCCAGACGAUGAUGCGAUGGAUACUAGAAACAUGAAACUGGAAUUAGUGGAUAGCGAGUCUUUUGCAGAUUUUACGAUUCGCACAUUAAAAUUGACUAAUGGUGCAGAACACAGGACAAUACGACAAUUUCAUUUCACUGCAUGGCCAGAUAAAAGAGUUCCAAUGUAUGCAUCGUCGCUGGUUCACUUUCAUUCUAAAGUUAUCCACACGGAGACAAACCUUAAAGGCCCAAUGAUUGUUCACUGCAGUGCUGGGAUAGGUAGAACUGGUACCUUCAUAGCAUUGAACUACCUCGUCCAACAAGCCAAAGAAUCUGGAUACGUCGAUGUAUUUGAAUGUGUAAACACUUUACGACGUCAACGAUUGAACAUGGUUCAAACUCUGGAGCAGUACAAGUUUCUGCAUGAUGCAACUAUAGAGGCUCUUAUGUGUACUUCCUCGGACCCAUCAUCUGCCGAAUUUCCGCAGAUAUACGAAGAUUUGUUAAAAGUGGAUGCUGAAACCGGUAAACGAAACAUAGAUUUGAAUUUUGAGAAUCUUGGAAUACCCUCAUCUUCGUUACCAGAGUCGGUCUACAGCCUUGCUAAAAGUUCUAUCAACAGAAGGAAAAAUCGAUACAGUAAUAUCUUACCAGUUGAUUCUGAGAUGCCACAAAUACGAGAUGAAGAAAACAACCCUAUUUACAUCAAUGCGGUUUUCUUACCGGCAUACAAGACAAAGCGCGCCUUCAUAGCUACACAGAUGCCCCUUAAAGACACGGUUAUAGACUUUUGGCGACUUCUGUAUGAACAGCAAGUAUCAACCAUUGUCAUGUUGAAUCAACUCGACUCAAAUAAACCUAAAGAGUACAUCGGGAAGUAUUGGCCUGAAGAUUUAAAUGCUAUUGCUGAGUUUGGCCCUUUUCGAAUCACAAAGAAAGGCUUUACAGAAGGAACAGAUUUUUACAUUAUUGACCUUUGUUGCCACAAAGAGGGACAAAACGAGAAUAACAGGAAGAUUCGACUAUUUCAAGGUCAAUUCUGGCCAGAUUCGUCGACUGUCCCGACUUCAGUGUUGUCCUUCUUAAAGUUGAUCAAUGAUGUGGAACUGCAUCAUGACCGGAACAACUCUGGUCCUGUAGUUGCCCACUGCAUGAAUGGAGCCGAAAAAAGUGGGUUGUUUUGUGUCAUGCAAGUUGUAUUAGAGAGGAUGAAAAUUGAGCAAGAUGUAGCAAUACAUCACGUGAUUCAACAGAUGCGCAGUAUUCGACCAAGCAUAAUUCCGAAUGCGGAACAGUUCAAGUUCUGUCAUGAUGUGGUUUUGGAAUUUUUGAAACAGUUUGAUGAUUAUUCCAACUUCCAGUAGUCAUUUAUGGAGAAACUUGUUUGUUUUGUUUUGUGCCAUUUACAUACACUUUUUCUAUUCUUAUAUAUGUAUAAAUUAAAUGAAUAUAGAAAAAUCAAUGUUAGAUACAAGGAUUCCUAAAUGUUUGAAAUGUGCAAACUAUUGUAGAUUUAGCCGAAUAGCUGAAGGUGUUUUUGAGUAUUUUUUUGAUUAAAAUGAUUUGUUGUUUAAAAUUAUUUCAAAUGGCGAUUUUUUUUUAUUUUUAUCUUUCACGUAAAGCUAUGAAAAAAAUUAACAAUAAGUAUCUAAAAUAAAAUGUUAAGAAACAUAUAUUUUUCUUAUUUUUGGAGUUGAUUUUUUUCUCUCUGCAAUUACUCACACUGAAAGGGAUGUGGAUCUGUGAACACAGUAUUCAUUAAAACAUAAAUUUUAUGUUAAAAACAAAAAAACUAUAUGUACCUAAAAUGCAUAAAAUGUUUACAUCUAAAACAAUUUACAAAAAAAGUUCUUUUAGUAUUUAAGACUAGUUAGAAUUAAACCUGGCACAUUAAGGGUAAUGUCACAAAGUAAUUACAAAUACAUGUAAUAUAAAUAAACAGGCUCGGUUAGCCAUUGUAAUAAGUUUUUCGUUUAUUCUGCAGGAAGUGUGUCCUUUUUAAGGCUUAUAUUUCCGUGUGGGCGACAGUAACUCCUUUUGGCAGAUUCUUUCUUCAUGAAUGAACACUUUUGUCUUUCACCUCGGUUUUCUUAAUGAUUUCCAUAUCAAUUUUCCUUUACUUGCUUAAAGAGCAACAUACUUAAAUAGGUAAAAUCUAAUUGGACAUUCCCAGCUCUCUCCCUUUCAUUUUAACUAAAACGAAUGACACUGAAUCAGAAAUGUUUAGGCUUUGGUCUAACAUUAAUCAUACAAAAAGCUUAACCCCUGAAAAUAAUUUCUAACUUUGACUUUAUUUUGUAUUCACAUAAAAUGUUUUAAUUAAAGCUACAAAAUAGUUGAUCGUUGAUCUGAACGUUUUAUGAAAAAAAUAUGAUAUCUAAAAAAUAAUUUAGAUCGAACAUUAGAAUUUUUUUCUCCAAAUCUUUUUCGAUUUUCAAUGUUUUUUAAUGUGUGGUAUAGAAUCCAGUUUGUUCAGAUAAUGUCAAUAUAUUAAAUAUUCAUGUGUAGAUAAGCUUUUAUAACCGUUGCGCAAUGAUAUAUUUUGAUACAAUUGUUCAUUAUUUUGUAAUUAGAAGCAUCUGUUUCUUGUUGUCUUAACUUUGAAGAAAUAUAUUUAACACUUUGCUUGUAAUUAAUGAUAUUUAAAAUGUUGAUACAGUGUACUUUAUACCAAUAUAUGAUGUCUAACGAGAAAAACUGUGUCAUUCAAUGCUAAUUUGAUACUUUUGUAUGAUAUUUUGAAAAAAAAAUUCAAGUUUUGUAAAUGUAUUGCAUUUCAAUAAAUCACAGUAUUACUGACAACAUUUUAGUACAUGUAACUGCGUAUUUUCUAUUUAUAUACUAUGUGAGUAAUUAAGCAUUACA